UGUGCAUUGACUUUAUAUCAUCACCGUUUGGGAUCUGCAGCCUUCUGUGAUUAAAAAGUUUCAAUGGAACGAUUAGCUAUCAGAGCAUCUCGACCGUCCAUCUUCUGCUCUCUUCCAAGUCUCCACGGCGGUUCUCACCGACGGCCUCUACGUGACGGUUUCCUCACCCUUCCAACGUCAUCAAAUGCGGUGGAUAACCCCAAACUAGUCGUGAAAACUUCUUCUUUUCAUCCUGUCUCUGCUCAAGCUUCCCUCACUGCCUUUUCAGAAACGAAUGUGAAAGAAGAGAGAAUCAACGGAGACAAGAAGCCAGAGAACAUCAUGUGGCACGAGAGUUCUAUUUGCAGAUGCGACCGACAACAACUUCUUCAACAAAAGGGUUGUGUCAUAUGGAUCACUGGUCUUAGCGGUUCAGGGAAAAGCACUGUUGCGUGUGCGCUAAGUAAAGCAUUGUUUGAAAGAGGCAAACUUACUUACACACUUGACGGCGACAAUGUACGUCACGGUCUUAACCGAGACCUCACUUUUAAAGCUGAGGAUCGUACCGAAAACAUACGCAGGAUCGGUGAGGUGGCAAAGCUGUUUGCUGACGUUGGGGUCAUUUGUAUAGCAAGUUUGAUUUCUCCUUACCGGAGAGACAGAGAUGAGUGCCGGUCACUGUUACCGGAGGGAGAUUUUGUGGAGGUUUUUAUGGACGUUCCUCUGUCUGUGUGUGAGUCAAGAGAUCCAAAGGGGUUGUACAAGCUCGCACGUGCCGGCAAAAUCAAAGGCUUUACUGGAAUCGAUGAUCCUUACGAGGCGCCAUUGAACUGCGAGGUCGUGCUGAAACACACAGGUGAUGACGAUUCUUGUUCACCACGUCAGAUGGCUGAAAAUAUCAUCUCAUACUUGCAAGACAAAGGUUACCUUGAGGGCUAAGUCAACUCUGAAAAAUCAAAACCGCCAAUUUGUCGAAUUUAAUUAGAUGUUUAUAAAUGAUGUUAAAUGAUUGCUCUCUCUGUGGUUCCUUCAGAAGCUUGAGACCUGAUACAACGUCGUCUCGCUUGGUUAUACUAUCAUUUUGUUGUUGAAUUGCAUGUGUGUUUAACUUAGGACCGAGAGGAACGGAACACAAAUAUUAGUUUUAUUUCUAAUAUAGUUAGUUAAUAAAGAGCUGUGUUUUGCUUAAUGUUAUCUAUAGUGUUGUAUAACGUGUAUUUAUAAUAAAUUGCUCUUCGUUGUUAAUUUAUCUCAAAUUGCUAAUUAAAAU